UUAUUUAUUUAUUUUUACAGUGCAGUAUACAUAUGUAUCAUUUUAGUGGUGUAGCUGUAGUAAUAUUCUUCAUCCAUGCAAUACCUUGAUUUAGAAGGGCAGAGUAUGUAAGAGAGAGGGAGGAGAUACGAUAGAGAAAAUGCGUACAGUAAUACAGAGCCGUCUUGCCUCGGAGGAAAACGUCCACACACAGCAUUGCUGGAGGUAAAACGGUGCUCUGCAGCACAAAGAGAGAGAGAGAGAGAGAGAGAGAGAGAGGGUGGGAAUAAAAGCGGAUGAAAUCAGGCUGUGCGUCAGUUUGCAGCUGAUCAUCACUCUUCAUCAGAGGGAAUCUGACAUUCUUUAAUUUAUCAUUCUCUUCUUUCCUGUCCUUCUUGCACUUUUUCUUUGGAGAAGCGAGGACACAAAGUUCCUGUUUUUUUUUUUUUUUCAAAGUUGGACUUUUAUGGAGUCUUUUCACAGUGUUUCAUUGACUGGCUCCUUCAUUGAUUUCUGUGCAUCCUUUAUGUGAGCGGAAACAGAGCUCUCUGGAGAAAGAACAGGAUUUCACCCUGUAGAAACCAAUCAAACACUUUUCUCAUCUGUAGCUUCCUUUCGGUCGAGUUUGUGGAUGUAACUUUUGUUCCCUUGCAGCUGAUUCUCUAAGGUCCUGGAUUUUGGUUCUCCUUCCUGAUGGUCCCAUUUUACUCUCUUCCUUGACUGUCUGAUCGGUUGUUCAGCUGAAUAUUGGUUGAACUGGUUUGGACUUACCAGCUUGCACCAAGUGACAUUGUGAGGAUGUCCGGCUGUGCCAGGCGCUGCAAACACGGGUUAGUGAAGUUUGCUCUGUCUGUGAGCAAACUGGUGACGGGAACACUCAUUAAAGAUAGGGUGGAUGAUGAUCUAGAGCUGUCUGUGGUGUGCCACCGUCCCGAGGGUUUGGAGCAGCUGGAGGCUCAGACAAACUUCAACAAGAAAGAGCUGCAAGUGCUCUACAGAGGCUUUAAAAACGAGUGUCCCAGCGGUGUGGUCAACGAGGAGACGUUCAAACAGAUCUACUCGCAGUUCUUUCCUCACGGCGACGCCAGCACAUACGCACAUUACCUGUUCAACGCCUUCGACUCUUCCCACAGUGGAUCCAUCAAAUUCGAGGACUUUGUAACGGCUCUCUCCAUCUUGUUGAGAGGAACAACAACAGAGAAGUUAGAGUGGACCUUCAACCUGUACGACAUUAACAAAGACGGUUACAUUACUAAAGAGGAGAUGACUGAUAUAGUGAAAGCCAUAUAUGACAUGAUGGGCCGCUUCACGUAUCCCGCUAUGAAGACAGACACUCCCAAACAGCACGUGGAUGCUUUCUUUCAGAAAAUGGAUAAGAACAGAGAUGGAGUUGUCACUCUUGAUGAGUUUAUUUUCUCCUGUCAAGAGGAUGAAAACAUCAUGAGAUCAUUGCAGCUCUUUGAGAACGUGAUAUAGAGCUCCAGGAAGAAAGAAACCAAUGAACUGUUGAAUCUGAUCAAAAAAAGGAGGAAUAACUUUUACCCCAAUCACCAUGGUUACAGUUUGACAUCUCCGUGUUACCAUGGCAAUGUGCCGACCGUUUGAUGUACAUCCCGGGAAACCUGUGUCCUUUAAACCCCGGUGUUUGACCUCGUUCUGUUGCAGAUGUGAGAUUUAUAUGUCUAUAACCAAAAAAGGUACUAGUUAAAGAGCAUGUGAGUAAUUGUGUGUCAAAGGCCCAGCGGGUUUCCAAGAGGUCCUGUAGAAGCCGGUUGAACUCUUUCCAUGGGACUGAAUUUACUGUGAGGGAUCUGAAAAUACAUCACUGAUAUGUGGUGCGUUUUAAUCUAUUUGUGGUGGAUUGUGGGUAAAUUUUUCCAGAACAACAUCCGAUACACUCGACUGUGAUAGUUCUCCAGCUAUUGUGCUACAGAUAUUCAUCCUAAGACCAUUUUUCUGUGCCUGUCAUUUAGGUAGAAAUGCUAAUCCAGUAAUAUAACCAAUGGUUUUCUCAUGAUCCGACCCAUCAGCAGUCAUUUAAAUCAAGCGUAGCGUUAGUUCUGGCAGGUCACGUUAGUCAAGCUUGCAUCAGCUGACUCUCAGCUGAUCCCCAUCUACCUAUAGGAAUACGACACCUAUCUAAGCAUCCAUAUAUAAGGUCGUCAGUAUUAUCAGCAGUUUUUCGCAUUGCUCAAUAGCUAAUUACCCUCCUCCAUCCCCAACUCCUCCUCUGUCAGUCAGGAUCCAGCCUUCUGAUUCUCUUUUGAAUCAGACAAAUUCAAAAUGUGUACAUAAAAUUACUGAACUUUAACAAAUCUGCAAUACUUUUGUUGGUUCUGUUCUGUUUACCCUGGGGGGUUAUCGCUGCUCUCCCUGCUCUCAUCCAUGCUAGGCUGCAUGGAUGCACAGGGAGCUCUUGCCCAGAACACAACCAUACCACCAAACCAAACUAUAUGCUAAUUGUCAAUCAUCUUUGACGAUAGAGGUCCUGACAGAACCAGCUUUGCAGAAGUUGCUUGUCUGCUGUGUUUGUUUUUGACAGUAUUUGUCUUGUGCUGGUGCGUCUUGUCAUUCUGACCAUCACUGCUUGCUGUUCAUGUCCAUUAUUAGUGAUAGUCUGUAUUUGUCACUCGUCUCUUAUUGGCUUGUGAUCGCUCUUAGCUCCGCCUACUUGAAUAUCUGCUUUCUGAUUGGUCUGUUUGUCUGUCAGUCAGUGUCAUCGGGACAAGAUCUGAUAUUUCACCCCAGUAUCCUCAUUAUGUGGUUUUCAUUAAUGAAGUAGAGUGAUUUUAUUUAAAUAUGCAUACAUUAAAGACAGCAAAUGUCUUAUUUCUAAUGAUUUUGGGGUGAAAUGUGACACAUUGGCUUCUAUGCAGAUGGCAGGUGCCGUAGCAAACUUUAGCAGUCUUUAGCAGUCAUAGUUGUCUUUGUUUGUGUUUAACUAAUAUAAAAGCAUUUUUUGUUUUAUUGUGUGAAAGCUGUGAAAUGCCAAAACUUAGUACUGUUUUAUGCAGCCAUAAUGCCACCUUACUGUGACAUAAUUCAAGAGAGCAAAAAAAUAAAUAAAUAAAAAUAAUAAUGAAUAAUGAAAUUAAUUAAAAUACAGCAAUUAAAAGAUUUAUAUAACUCUUUGACUUGUCUAGACAAACACAACUCAACAUUAAUGACAUUCACAAUUCAAUUGCUUCGAAAUCUAACGUAUAUCUGAAUGAAACUGAAUAUUAGAUGUGGCCUAAUGGUUAGAGAGUUGAACUUGUAACCCAAAGGUGGCAGGUUCAGUUCUCAACAUUGGAUCUGAGUUGAGAAAAUAUGUUUUAAAAAAUUAUAUAGAUGUGUAUGAAGAGUUUAUUUGCAAAAACAGAUAACUCAAAAAUCAUGAAAAUUAAAAAAUCAUGUUUUUUAUUAUGUUAUCAGGUUUUUGUGUUAGUUAGCUGCAUUUUUU